AUUGAACAAACCAAGUACAUGUAGUCGGAAGCGCAAGUGGCUUGAAAGCAGGCCUUAGCCCAAUGCAAUCAUUAUGACAUCAACGAAAAGGACCUGACGCCACGCUCAAUGACGUCUCACUUGCCUAAAGGGGUAAUCUCUGCAUUACCUUUGUGCCACCAAAGCAAAACGCCAUAGUCACUUACAUCGAGAUUGGAGAUUGCCCUCAGAGAUUUGCAUUAUCGCUGGUGUAUUUUGCGCUUAUUUCAAGUCCUAUUCCAACUUUGCCUUCUAGUAACAAUAUUGCGCAACGUGCUAGUCUCCGAAUUUAACUGGAUUAUAAAAGGCCCUUCACUCCCUCUUCAUUAUCAUGGUUUUCCCUCAACUCAACACAAUACCAACUCACAGUACUUACCUAUAUAUCAAAUUAUCCUACAUUAUCAACCUUACCAAGAUGUCUAACGAUAACACUUCCACUCUCAAGUCCGUCGUCGACUCGGCUACUGGUGCUGUCCAGAACGCAUUCGGCAGCGUAACCGGAAGCACGGCUGAUCAGACUCAAGGUCAAGUUAAGAAAAACAAGGGCGAUGCCGAGUAUGACGCAUCGCACGCUACUAUUAAAGCUCCGGGCUUCACUGCCUCAUCAUCGGGCGUCACAAAGGACAACCCUGACAGAACUGCCGGCUCCUACAACCAGACCGUAGGCUCCGCUAAGGAAUUCGUCGGCGGACUAACAGGCGUCGAGUCCCUAAAGGCAGCUGGACGUAAACAAAACGAAGAAGGCAAGCAGCAAGAAGCCAAGGGCCAGGUUAAUGACUACGUCAGCGGCAUUUCUGAUCGUGUCACCGGCACUGUGGGUGGAGCCUUCGCAAGUGUUACCGGCAACAAGGCCGCGCAACAGGAAUACGAAAAGCAGCACGAUGCUGGAAAGACAACCCAGCGAGGUGCCGAGGUAGAUAUAGUGAAGCAGGCAGACGCCGAAGCUGCAGCUUCACGUAAGGCAUAAAUGCUUCAACUGAAACAUGUGGAGACAAUUGAAGUUUUUUGGGGAGGGUAGCAGAUGACAUUAUGAUACCCAAUAUGGAAUGCUAGAGUGUAAGCUAGUGUCCGGAAGGCUUGAGGAAUGGAAUUGUAUGGUAUAGAUGGACUGUAUCUAUAUCCGAAAUGGAUCUUAUAAUUGCCAAUUAUGACGU